CUUUUGCUUCCUCCUACAAACCCUCCAUUCGACCUCAUACCACGGUUGUCCAUGAAUUUUCUUUCUUUCUCUUUUUUGUAUAAUGGUGAAUCUUGAGAAUCGCAUGAGAGUCACUAGAUCGUAUGCAAAGAGAAGAGCAUCAGAAGCAAUGGGUGAUCAACCACAACAUAAGCAACCGAAGAAAAAACGGGUUGUUUUAGGUGAAAUUUCGUCAAAUGUUCUUGGUAAUCCGAAUUUACCAUCGUGUUCAAAACCUCGUCCAAGAGUUUGUUCUACGAAGGUAACCAAACCUGUUAAUACUCCCCUGGAAAAUGCCCCGCAGGAGGAUGUUAUUGGGUUGGGAAAAUUUUCAUCUGAUGAUGUUGAUGAUCCUCAAAUGUGUGAACCUUAUGUUUCUGGAAUUUAUGAAUAUCUUCGUAAUAUGGAGCAAGAGGAGAAGAGAAGGCCGUUGACGAAUUACAUGCUGAAGAUUCAGAAAGAUGUGACAGUAACUAUGAGAGGAAUAUUGGUGGAUUGGUUGAUAGAUCUUGCAGAUGAAUUCAAUGUUCUUUCGGAUACCCUUUAUUUAACAAUCUCCCAUAUGGAUCGAUAUUUAUCUUACAAAUCCAUUAAUCGAGACAGACUUCAACUUCUUGGUGUUACCGCCAUGCUUAUAGCUUCGAAAUAUGAAGAAAUAAAUCCCAAAUCUGUGAGAAAAUUUUGUGAGAUGACAGCAGAUACCUAUACUGAACACGAGCUUAUAGAGAUGGAAACGGAUGUACUCAAAACCCUUAAUUAUGAAAUGGGUAAUCCAACCGUGAAGACAUUUCUCACUAGAUUCAUUCGAGUUGCUCAAAGAAAUCCUAAAAAUCCCAAUUUGCAGUUCGAAUUUUUGAGCUACUAUUUAGCUGAGUUGACGUUAACGGAUUAUGGAUUUUUGAAGUUUUUACCUUCUAAGAUUGCUGCAGCAGCUAUUUUUCUAGCGAAGCUCACAAUUAAUCCGAAAGAGCACCCAUGGAAUCUAAGCUUGCAAAAUUUCACUGGAUAUAAGUGUUCUGAUCUAAAGGAAUGCGUUUCUCGAAUACAAGUUUUGCAAUUAGAUAGAACAGGAGGGUGUUGGGAAGCGAUAAAAACGAAAUACAAGCAGCAUAAGUACAAAUGUGUUUCGACAUUGACAUCUUUAUCGGAAAUACCUGCUUCUUACUUUGAAUAAAUGGCGGAUAAAGUUUCCUUGUAAAUCAGAUCCCGACAUCUUGCUUCAUUCUUCCUUAGACUAGUGCAAAAUGGUGCUACCUUGGACCGGAAACCAGUAUUUUUUGAGGAAAAAGUUUAAACUGCAAAGUGUUAACUACUGACAAAGCUCAUGAAGUUGGAGAACUUCUGUGCAGUACAUACUAGACAGUAGAGAGUACACAGGCAUAUAGGUUUAAUUUUAGUAGAUCAUUAACUCAUAUUGAUGCUUAAUGGAAGCUUUGGCUUAAAGGGUUCAAUUUGUGCCACAUCUUAAUCUGUACUCAUUGAUGAUUCUUUUGUUCACUGAUUGUUUUUGAUGAUUAAAAUGAACAAUAGAGAUAAUAAUUGAUUGAUGUGCA